CUCACCUCCCAUCUCUCCUCUCUCUCCUCUCCCCCUCUCAUCUCCCUCUAUCUCCUCUCUCUCCCUCCCUCCUCACCCCUCUCUCCCCUCUUUCUCUUUCUCUCUCUCCUCUGCCCCUCUCCCCUCUCUCUCCUCUGCCCCUCUGUCCUCUCCCCCUCUCUACCCCCCCUUCUCUCAGUGUGUUUUUGCUCACAGUAUUCACUAUUCAGAGUCUCACACACAGACAGGAAGCUGACACACAGACUCAGAGGGGAGUGGACGCGUCUUGUUUUGAUCCGAACCAAGCGUUUAAACAUCGUCUGAACUGAAGGAGUUGUUUUAGCAGCGCUAAACUUUCUAAAGGAAUGAUUGUAUCAACAUUAAACAUUUUACAAGAACUAUAUCAACUUUUAAAGGAAUAUUUGGAGGAGUUAUUUUGUCCAUGUUAACUGUUUAAAGAAAUAGUGUCAUUUGCAGUAUACUUUUUUAAAAGGAUCAUUGCAUCUACAUUCAACUUUACAAGAAUUGUCUACAAGAACUGUUUUCUAAACUUCUAAAAGUAGAUUUUACAGGAAUCAUUUCAUCUGUGUUGAACUAUAAAAAGGAAUAGUUUUAUCUACACUGAACUUUUUACAAGAUCUAUCAAAACUUUUUAAAGGAAUAAUUUUAACUACACUGGCCUUUUUAAAGGAAUUGUUUAUUUUAUGUUAAAUUUUAAGAAGGAACUGUAUAAUCUGCAGUAAACUGAGUUUUAUUUGUGUAAAACUUUCUGAAGGAACUAUUUUAUCUUCAAUAAAUGUUUCUGGAGGAAUUAUUCUAAAAGGCAUCACUUGUUGGACAAUAUUUUAACCCAGGCUUCAUUUUGAACCUUCCUCAUUAUUUUUAUUUCUGAAGGCUUUUCAAGGAGCUGUUUUAUCAUUUUUUAAAUGUUAAACUUUUGAAAGCAAUCAUUUUAAAAGAAUCAUGUAAUUCUUUUAAUAAUUUGUCAAUCCUCACAAUUCAAACUUUAACAAAAAACAUUUUCUAGAACCCAUCUAGAAUCCUGUUUUUUUUUAUAUAUAUAUAUAAAUCACACUAGACUUUAGAAACGAUUUUAUCUGCUCUAAACUUUUAAAGGAAGAGGUUUAUCUGAGUAGAUGUAAAUUUGCAGGUUGCAGUUUAACCUUUUGAAAAGUCUGGAGUGAACUUUAUUUUAAAGAAACUGUCUUCACUAAACAAAGGUGAAAACAAAUUAAAGGAGCGGCCUAUUUUUUUUUGUCCAACCAGUAUAAAGAACGACUUAUUUUUUUGACCAAACAAUUGAAAAAAUGGCCUAUUAUUUGGAUUAACCUAAUUUUUGACCAGCAAUUGAAGGAACUACCUAAGCUUUGGACCAGCCUGUUAUAUUGACCAACAUUGCAAGGACCUCAUUGUGACCGAUCUAUUUUUGUGACCGUCCUGUUAUUGUGAGCAGCCCCUCCGCUCAGCAUGACUGCACUGCUAAUUGCAGUGACUGUGCUGCACCUCCUGUCUCUCGCCAUGCUCUUCACUGCCAUGCUGGACAAGGUUUGGUGGGUCUCUCCUGCAGUCAGAAACACUGACUUGUGGUAUAACUGUCUCUACACCAAUUACACCGGCACCUGGCUCUGUGCAAACUCUGCAGACAACGACUGGCUCCACGCAGUGCAGGCUCUGAUGGUUGUAUCAGUUCUGUUCUCUGCUGUCUCGUUCCUCCUCUUCCUGUGUCAGCUCUACUCACUGCGCAGGGGGGGCCUCUUCUACAUCACGGGAAUGUUCCAGAUAUUCGCAGGGUUGACAGUGUUCUCUGCCUCUCUCAUCUACUCUCUUCACGCUCCUGAGAUUCUGAGCGACUCUUCGCUGCCCCCCGCUGGUCACUUUGGGUACUGCUUCGUUGUGGCAUGGCUGUGCGUCCCGGCCUUGCUGUUCAGCGGAGUGCUCUACAUCCACCUGAGAAAGAAAGAGUGAAACAGAACAGAAUGGAGGAGUGAAGACCCCCUCCUCUAUCCUCUUCUCCCUCACCCACCCCUUUACCCCCUCUCUCAAUUGAAUCACAUGAUCUAUAUUGGCAUAACAAGUCAUAUAAGCAUUGCCAGCCAAUGUACAGAAAUAGUGAACAUUUAUAGAGACAGAGAGAGAGGAGAGAGAAACAAAAUAGUCUGCUAAUGAAUAUAAACCUAUCCCUGUAAUUACUGUUAAUUGCAUUGCAGGACUGACAUUACUAUAAGGGGUAGAGACAGAUGGAAUGAGGAGAGGGAGAGAAGGAGAGAUAGAAGGGGAGGGAAUGUGGUAGAGUAAGACAUUGUGCGUCUCUGUGUGUCUAUUUGUAGCUCAUAUACUCAUCACUACUCAGUUAGAAGGUUAUAAUGAAACUGGCUCCCUAUGGAUGCCAUGAUGGCUCUAAAGGCUCCAUGCUUCUCUAUAGGAGCCAAACUGCAUGCUGGAGCCAAGAUGCCACCAGUCUCCUCAAUGCUGUCUGAAUACCUGUGGCUGUCUUAUCUUAUAUUCUCAGAUUCCAUGUUUUACAUCUAAAUGUUAUUUUGUUUGUUUGUUCUUUGCUAAGAUGCUUUUUGUUACACUUUUCUGUAAUAAUUUUUAAAAUAUAAUAGUUCUUUUUUUCAA